GGAGGUUUUUUGUAACAAGGCCCAAAUACACACACUGACAAUCAUUCUAUAUGUUCUGUAAUUUCAUAUUCUUGUUUAGUGUUAUUACAUUCUACAUAUUGACAUUGGAUUAGUAGAUCGGCUCAGUUUUUAAUGCAACACCAUUGGUGACACCUUUGGGGGUCUACCAUAGUGAUUCAACCAGAUUUUUGUACAAAAAAAAAACAGAAAUGUCACAAAAAAUUAGUGCAAGAAAGCGCAGUCUGCCCAAUAAUUCUGAUUCAGAAGACAAAUCAGGGGGUGAAGUAAUUGCAAAAAAAAUUUCCAAAAAAGCAAAACCAGAAAUCGAGAAAGAAGAUGAAUUUCAGCUUGCCCUAUACGUGCCAGCGUUACUGGCAGAUCCAGAAGGUAGCUCACAUCUUGGGGAAUACAAAAGGGUAACUAAAGAAGAAGCGAUGAAUGUACGACCACCCCAUCGACCAGUUCGAGUCUAUGCAGAUGGGAUUUACGACAUGUUUCAUUCUGGGCAUGCAAGAGCCCUUAUGCAGGCAAAAAAGCUUUUUCCUCACACUUACCUUAUCGUUGGUGUAUGCAGCGAUGAGUUGACUCAUAAAUUGAAAGGUCGAACUGUCAUGUCAGAAUGGGAAAGAUACGAAGCAGUUCGUCAUUGUCGAUAUGUAGAUGAGGUUGUACGUGAUGCUCCGUGGUCAUUAUCACCAGAUUUUUUGAAAAAGCACAGAAUUGAUUUUGUGGCUCAUGACGACAUACCUUACAAUGCUGGGACAGGUUCAUCAUCUGGAGAUGUUUAUGCUCAUAUCAAAGAAGCAGGAAUGUUUUGUGCAACUCAAAGAACAGAAGGAAUAUCUACUUCUGAUGUCAUUACCAGGAUUGUGAAAGAUUAUGACAUGUAUAUUCGACGUAAUUUGGAUAGGGGAUACACAGCUAAAGAGCUCAAUAUAAGCUAUAUGAGAGAGAAGAAGAUUGUCGUGCAAAAUACAAUGGAUAAUGUGAAGGCGAAAGUUAAAGACAUGGGAGAAAAAUACAAGACUGUGGUGAAGAAUCUUGAUGACAGGAGGCAAGAAGUUCUUGAAAAAUGGAGAGAAAAAUCAAACGAUUUUGUUCGUAAUUUUAUUCAAAUGUAUGGGACAAUGAAUCAAUACAAAGAUCAAAUUAUUGAGGCAAUGUCACCAGGACGCACUAGUCCCAAUGGCGAAGGACCAAGAUCUCUAUCUCCAACACUGUGGGCUCGUUCUUCAUUUUUCGGGAACAAACCGGAAUUAUCUGGUCAAGUUUCAAGAGAAGAUCAAGAUUCUGAUAUUUCAGACGAAGAAUAAUAAAUUGCAGUAUUUACUGGUUAUCUUGUAAUCAUAAGGAAAUGUUGAAUUCAUAAUAUAGCUGUCAGAAACGGGUAUAACCACAUGUAACAUUGUUAACUUCAUUUGGUUAUAACCGUAGAAGUAUUAUUAUUAGAAAUUUCGUUCAUUUUCACGAAGUGCAUUGACCUACAAUAAAACAAAUUUGGAUCUAUAUAUUAUAUAUUUACAUACAAAAUAGGCUUUUAAUUCGCAUGCACUGCUUUUUCCAUGUGCAAUACUGCUAUUCUAUUUUCGUUUUCAAAUAUAUGUGAGUCAUUGCAAUUUAUGAGUUCCAAUCUCUGCUCAAGUAUUUAUCCAUUUUUGAUUGUAUCAGCUACACAUGUUCUUAUAAAGGAACUUUCAAUGUAGAUGUUUCAGCACUCCAGAAGUAUGUGUACCAAUAUGGUGGUAACUAAUUUUGUUCGCCUAUUCACAUAUCUGUUUAAAAAAGACUGAAGCCUAUGGGCAGGGGUAUGUAUGUUCACUUGGCUUACACAGACAGUCCCCGAACUCGCAAUACAACUGAAAUAAGGAAAAUCGGAAUAAAAUUUUGGCCUAACCCUGACCUGGUACACAUACUACAGGAGUACCGAUGCUUCUGAAUUCAUUUCUAUUGUUAUGGAGCGGGAAUCUGAGAUUUGAAAACAUUAUUUAACAGCAUAAUUCUUAAUAAUUCCCAUUCACUGCUGGUUGGGAAUAUUUUUUUCAAAGAAUAUAUUUUUACUUAUAAAUGUAAUUUCAUGUAUAUGUGGUGUUAUAACCAUAAAUGUAAGCACAUUAAGGCUUGCCAUCAUCGAUGUAUUAUUAUUUUCUCAUAAUUUAAUUAUUUUCCGCUACUGCAAGUUCAGCACUAAAAAUGUUAGUUUAGUUACAUAUGUAAAGUUUUUUUUUGUCAUUAAUUUGACAAUUUUAUUGCACAAUAACGUGUGUUUGUUUGCCUAAUGCUGGAAUGCUGAACAAUAUCAGUACUUACUACUUACCUAACUUGCUAAUUAGAUUGAAAAAUGUUUUCUUAUGAUGAAUAAUUCAAAGAGGUUCAAGACAAGACUUUUAAGGAGGCUUUGGUAUAACAGGCAUAUUGUGGCUGAAUAUUUUUAGUUUACACUUUUUGCUUCUUUUUUCAUAAAAUAGCUCGAUUAAUCAUUGAGAAGGAAUUAUUUGUGAGACUAAGUUGGGUGUCCUCCAUGAAAUAUAUAGGUCUGGUGAUCUUUUACACCCGAUUCCUAAUUUUUUAUAUGGUUAACAACUGUUGAUGGGAUUCCAAAUUUUGAGAAUGGGAACUCACUAACAAGAGGGUCCCUUAUUUAGAAAUUAAAGCCAAACUCAUAGCUCUAAAGUGCAAAUUGUUCACCUAAUAUCAUCACAUUCCGAAAAACGGGUUUAAGAACCCCUUAAUCCCAUCGCUGUUAACAACCUAAUUUACCUAGAUUUGCUCAGAAGAAUUUAACAAGAGAUCUAGUUGGUUUGAUCACAGUAAACUAAUAUGUGUUGCUUCAUUUGAUUUUUUGUAUAUAUUUUAAAUCUCAUAUUGAUUACCAAGCAGUGCAAUAUUUUAAUCAGAACAUUGCGUAAUUUAUAUUCCCACAAACAUAAGAAGAAAACAAAUGGCUUAUAGACAAUGAGGUACUGCACUCUUUUUUUAAAAAUCCUAAAAUAUAAUGAACUCUUUUGCUGAUCAAUUUUAAGUGUUACUUUCCAGUCUUUGUUGGAUUAAUUUAUAGUAUAACUGUGACAGACAUGUAAAUUUAUGUCAGAGAGGAGACAAUAUCCUUAUUGUUUAUUUCAAAACCAAUAUUAGUACAUUGGAAAGUAGUAUGGUACACAAACUGUUUCUAUUGGUAUUUGUGAACGAUUUUAGGUUGAAGUUUUUGAAAUAUGAAUUUAAAGAUGUAGAAAUACCUUCUUGACAAUAUUUUUCUGUUAUGGUCAUCCUAUCUAUAGUUCGUAACUUUGUGAAGCACACAAAGGAUAUUCCUAUAGUAUUAUAUUGCCUGCCAUUUACUCCCAAAAUGAUCAAAAUUUCAUUAUAAUAAGCCAAUUUGUAUCAAGUUGAACAAUUUUUCUAUGACAUUGUUUUUUCAAAAUAUGACCGUUUCACUUGCUGUUCUUAUGAUUGAAUUUUUGAUUGUUUCUAUCUGAUAUCAAUGACGUCCAUGACAUUAGAAAAAUUCAAAGAGGUAAUUUAGGUAGUAGAAAAUGUGGACUUGAAAACUGAAAACAAAUGGAAUAAAUUUGGAGUGAAAAGGACUCAAUUAGAUAGUAAAUACCUUAGAUUGAACGGUGAUUUUGAGUAAAGAAAUCAAGCCAUUUUUGAAAUUGUAAAAUUGUCAUAACGGGCUGGUAUUUAAUUUCAAUUUGUUCGAUAUAUUCAAGUCGUUUUGUACAGUUCACUUAUUCACAUGUAUUCUACUGUCAAACAAAACCAUAUUAAAUUCUAGUUGGAUUAUUACUGCAAAAUGUCAGUAUUUCAAUGAAUGUACGUACAGGUUGCAGUCACUGCCUAGAUGAGAGUAAUUUAUUUUAAUUUGUUAUUUCAUUAUUGGCUGUAAUUUUCUUCGCAAAUAUAAAAUUAUUGUUGCUCU